AUGUCUGAGAGCAACGGCGUCAAGGCCGCGGUCGAGCCCGGCAACCGAGUUGCCAUUGGCAUCACCUUUGGCAACUCCAACAGUUCCAUUGCCUUUACCGUUGACGACAAGGUCGAGGUCAUUGCCAACGAGGACGGUGACCGACAGAUCCCCACCGCUCUGUCCUACGUCGAUGGUGAUGAGUACUACGGCGCUCAGGCCAAGGCAUUCUUGGUCAGGAACCCGACCAACACCAUUGCCUACUUCAGAGACUUCCUAGGCCAAGAGUUCAAGUCAAUUGACCCCACACACUGCCACGCCGCUGCUCACCCCCAGGAUGCCUCCGGCGCCGUCUCCUUCACCGUCAAGGACAAGGCCGGCGAGGACGACGCACCUACAGACGUCUCAGUCUCCGAGGCCGCCACCCGAUAUCUGCGACGCCUCGUCACCGCCGCCUCCGAGUACCUGGGCAAGAAGGUCACCUCGGCCGUCAUCACCGUCCCCACCAACUUCUCCGAGAAGCAGCGCGAGGCCCUGAUCAAGGCCGCCAAUGAUGCCGACCUCGAGGUCCUCCAGCUCAUCUCCGACCCCAUUGCCGCCGUGCUGGCCUACGACGCCCGCCCCGAGGCCAAGACCGAGGACAAGAUCGUUGUCGUCGCCGACCUGGGCGGCACUCGCUCCGACGUCGCCGUCGUUGCCUCGCGAGGUGGCAUGUACACCAUCCUGGCCACCGCCCACGACUACGAAUUCGCCGGUGUCCACCUCGACCAGGCCCUGAUGGAGUACUUCGCCAAGGAGUUCAUCAAGAAGCAUACCGUCGACCCCCGAUCAAACGCCAGGAGCUUGGCCAAGCUGCGCCUCGAGUCCGAGGCCACCAAGAAGGCCCUCAGCCUGGGCACCAAUGCCCAGUUCAGCGUCGAGAGCUUGGCUGACGGAUUCGACUUCUCCGCCACCCUCAACAGGACCCGAUACGAGAUGGUUGGGCGCAAGGUCUUUGAGGGCUUCAACCGCCUCGUUGAGAGCGUUGUCAAGAAGGCCGAGCUCGACGUCCUCGACGUCGACGAGGUCAUCAUGUGCGGCGGCACCUCUCACACUCCCCGAAUCGCCACCAACUUCCAGUCCAUCUUCCCCGAGUCCACCGUCAUCCUCGCACCCGCCACCAGCGCCACCGCCAUCAACCCCUCUGAGCUGCAGGCUCGUGGUGCCGCUCUCCAGGCCUCGCUGGUCCAGGAGUACGAGGCUGCUGAUAUCGAGCAGUCCACUCACCCCGCCGUCACCACCGUCAAGCACAUCUCCAACGCCAUCGGCGUCGUCACCGUCAACGCCGAGGGCGAGGACGUCUUCACCCCCAUCAUGCAGGCCGAGACGGCGGUCCCCGCCCGCCGCACCGUCCACAUCGCCGCCACUGCCGAGGGCGGCGACGUCCUGGUCAAGGUUGUCGAGGGUGGCACUCACAUCAAGGUCACCAAGCCUGAGCCCAAGGCCAGAGUCGAGGAAGUCCCCGAGGACGAGGACGACUCCGACUUUGAGGAUGAGGAAGAGGAGGAGAAGCGCGAGAAGAUCUGGAAGAUUGGCACACCGCUUGCCGAGGCCGCCAUCAAGGGCGUCUCCAAGGGCGGCAAGGUCGAGGUCACCAUCAACGUCGCCGGAGACCUCAGCGUGACAGUCACGGCUAGGGAAGUAGGCGGCAAGGGUGGUGUCAGGGGCAAUCUGCAGGCUCCUUAA